AUGGGAAAACCUCAAGAACAAUCACUCCUAAGUCAUGUAAAAUACAAAUAUGAAAAGGAGGAAGUAACUGAGGAUUGCAAUUUCUGGGAAAGUGAAAUAAAUCUUAUAAAAAAAUGUAGUAAAGUAGAAGGAAAAGAUGUUUCAUACUAUGGAAGAAGAAAUGUAUUUGGUUUUCUGUUCUUCCAUUGGAUUACCAAAUGGAUUAGUAUUCUCUCAAACAAGUAUUUGGAACCGUACAAGUUACACCCGCUGCCUAUUGCAGACCAAAUACUCUACUGGCAACCAAUCUUCUCAAAACAUGUAAGUGAUUCAUUGAUUGAAUUGGAAAUGGAGGAAUAUGAAUACAAUCAACUGGGGAAAAAUAAGAAAAAACAAAAGCCCAAGAAACUAAUUCUCUUCAGAGCUAUAGUGUUCACAUUCUGGAGAAGGAUAUUACUAGCAAUGAUAGGCAUGAUAUCGAUGAAUAUUCUGAGUAUGAGUAUCGCAAUUUUGUUAAGUAAAUUGUUUAAAUUGAUGAUAUCUGAAAAUUUCAAUUAUGGCCCUAUAUUUGGACUCAUUCUGGUGAUAAUAGUGCUUGAAUUAUCCAAAGGCAUAUGUAUAGACCAUGUAACGUUUUAUAUUCAGAGGUUAAUAGUCAUGGUAGACUAUUCACUGGGAAUAACAAUAUUCCACCAUGGUUUGUGCCUAAGAAGAAACUACUCUAACCUUGAUUCAACAAAAUAUAACUGCAAUAGUGUUUUACAUAGUUGUUCUCCUGGUUCAAACUGUUUUAAAAAUCCAUUUUUAUGUUCAGCAAGGCGCCAUAAGAAUUUCGAUAUCACACCUAAAAUGUACUCUUAUAAAUUUGUAGACUGCUAUUAUGUAACUUUAAUAUUUGACAACCUGACAGAUAUAGUCAACUUCCUAACGAAUUUCAUAUACGGAAUUAUACUAAUUCAUGUCCAAAUGAAGAUUAAAAUAUUCACAGUUUCAAUAAUCUCGGUAUCACUUGUUGUAUUUAUGAUAUUUGUGGAAAUAUUCAACAGCUUCCUGCUCAAAUUCUAUUACGCACUGAGGGACCAUAGAAUUAGUAAAUCAUAUGAAAUCAUAACAAACUUUAAAAUAAUCAAGACUCUAGUCAUGGAAGAUAUCGCAGAAAACAUGAUCACAGAUGUCAGAAAUGACGAGCUGGUCAUGAUAGCGUACAGAUUUUUCCUUUCCCUAGUAAAUAAAGUCCUGUAUUUAAUAAUUGUAACAUGCGCUCUUGUAAUUAUAAUUAAAGACUUUGUUGAGCAGCUUAAAAAUACAUCAGAUCUAAAGGAGAUUGAUUCUUCGUCAAUAAUAACACUCUUGUUCAUAUUACUUAAGAUUAUAGACCCAAUGUUUUUGUUACCACUAACACUAAGGAUGUUGAUUCUUGUUAUUAAUUCAUACAAUCGCAUAGAAUUCUUUAUAAGAACUUGUUCACCAAACUAUUAUCAAUCAGAUAAGUUCCUAGUUGACCCAAAUCUCAAGAAUAAGCUCUUUUCAAAUCGCAGUAUUUAUUUAAAACAACAUCGGUGCCUAGUAGAUUACUCAAAUUUAAAAAUCCCAGAGCAGAGAAAAGACUCACUUGUUGAUGGCUCUGUGAUAAAGUUUGAUAACGCUUCAUUUACAUGGAUUUUUAGCAGAGAGGAUUUAGUUAAGAAUAAUGAGAUUCAUUUGAAGAAUAUAAACUUUCAACUUAAUGGGGGUGAAAUUGCAAUAAUUACAGGCCCGCAGGGUUGUGGUAAGUCAAACUUUAUCAAGUCAAUUCUUGGUGAGAUGACUUUGGUUGGUGGUUCAAUGUAUGUAAAACCAUUAAGUAAAUCAAUGCCGAUAUUUUAUGCAUCACAGGAUGUAUGGUUGAAAAGAGGAACUAUCAGGGCAAACAUAACAUUUGGACAUAGAUUUGAUGAGGAUAUAUAUAACUCAGUAAUUAAAGCUGUUGAGCUUGAGACUGAUAUAUUCAGCUGGCAAGAAGAAGAUUUGCGUACUAUCGUUGAUGGUGGAUUUGAACUUAGUGGUGGUCAGAGAGUUAGAGUUGAACUGGCAAGAGCAGUAUAUGCCUACAUGAUUUAUAGUAAGAUGGCGAAAGAACAGUCGAGACGUCUUUCGUUCUUAAUGUGUCUUGAUUCUGUGUUUUUGGGCUUAGAUCCAUUCGUAGGAGGUAACAUAUUCAACAAUUUGUUCAAUUCUAAAAAUGGUUUAUUGCAUAAGCAAGACCUGUCGAUUGUACUAACAGCAACCAAGAGAUUAUUGGAGACUUGUUUGUCAACAUCAAGCCCAAAUAACUUUGGAGAUAUUAAGAUUUAUACCAUUUUCAGUAAAAAACUAAUUCUCAAGACUAAUUUAAGAGACUUUAUACUUAAAUUUAACCCAGCUUACUCUACUACACUAGAUACUGGUAAUACCACAACUGGUGGAACGAUAAAGGAGGAAAGUGAUGUUGAUGGAAAUGUUAUGGAAAGUGGUGUUAUAGAGUUGUAUAGAAAGUGUAAAUCAACUGAAUUUCAAAGAGUGCCACGUAGAACUGUAGUUAGAGACCAAUAUGAUGACAAAAGUGGAUAUGGAUCCCACAAAUUUGAUAGUAACAUAAGUAUCAAAAGUAUUGUACUAAAACCUCUCCUGAUCUAUAUAAGCUCUGCAGGCUAUCCAUUUUUCGCUUUUUUAUUCUUUUUGAUAUCGUGCACAAUUCUAGACAACGUUAGAUACAUUUUUGCCUCAAAGCUGUCAAACUUUGUUAAUGAACAUCUAAAGAACUUAGAAAACUUUUUAGACGAUAAAGAGAAGUGUAAUUCUGUCCACUCACUUAUCAAGGAAUACAGUACUAAAUCCUUGACACGAAUAACAUACGUUUCUAUUUUUGUAAUCAUCGCCUCAGUUUCAGUAGUUGUUGCAAUGACCCUGGUCUCAUUGAAAGCAUCACUAAACAUCCACGAAUAUUCACUUGAUUCAGCACUUUAUAAAUCUUCAGCGAAAAUUAAAAUAAAGAGAUACAUAUCGGAUGUAUUCACAUUUUUGUCCUGUGAUACACUUUACAUUGACCUCACAAUUGGUUAUUACCUGUUCGAAUCGUUCAUAAUAGUAGUUGAAACCAUAAUUCACAUGAUCAUGUUGGUGUAUUUGUUACCCACAUCCGUAUUUUUUGUACUAAUAGCGAUGGUUUUGAUAAUUAAAUUUCCAGUGUUCUCGUUUUUAAAGGGUCUUUCGAACAUCAGAUUUGCAUAUAUGGCCUCAACAAAUAGACUUAAUUGUGUUUUAAACGACUCUAUUUCAGGCUCAAUUGUAUACCGCAGCUAUAGAAAGGAAACAGAGCUGGUGACUGAGUUUGUGGAACAUGCAGAUUACAAUGCUAGGUCACGGUUCAUGGAAAGAUCAGUUUUUACCUGGACAUCCAUUAUGUGUAGGUGUAUCUUCUCAGUGAUGAUUUUCUUGAUCAUUCUAACGCCAAUAACAAUUUCUAAAUUUGUAGAUUAUGAUAUCAAAAUUGGUUACUAUGGUUUGGCGUUCUCACUCUCACUCAAUGUGACAAACAGGUUUUCAAAAUUAUUAAGGUUGUUCACCAAAUUACAGUUAUAUCUAUGCUCAGUGAUUAGGUUUACGAAUUUCAUACCUGAAGAUGAAAAGCUAAACUUUAAUCCUCCGAAAAACAUAUACGUAGAGGGAAUAACAAUCAAUAAUAUCCCCAGUCAAAAUGGGAAUAGUUUACCAGAAGACCAGACCAAGUCUGGAAAACUUCAAGACGUGGUUUCUAAUUCUUAUAACACUGAUACUACCAAUACGACUGAUAAUAGUAUGGAUAACUCUGUUAUUACAAGUUUCCAGUUAACUAAUACUGAUGCCGCUAUUAAUACAGACAACGAAUUUUUUGAAUGUAAAGAUCCUAAUAAAUUGAGGAUUAAAUAUUUAUACAGAAGAAGAAAAGAGUUUUAUUCAGUGAGGAGUAUAAUGUCAGUUAGAAGUGUCUUUUUCAGACCAAAAAUUAACAUUUACGAUAUUUCUGAUUAUAUGGAUCCAGUUCACAGGUUCAUAAGAUUAGAAAAUGUAUAUGUAUUAUCCAAGCCACAUGUUAGUUUAUCACAUAAAAAUCCAGAAGUAAAUAAUAAACCAGAUAGUGAAUUAGAUCACCAUGAACCUAAAUCUGAGAUUGGAUCCGCAAAUGAUACCAUGGAUGGUAUGAACGAGUUAGAAACCAUUGAAAUAACUAACACAGUGGACGACAUUGAUAAAUGUGAAAAAAGUGAACUGAUUAAAAGAUUUUUGUUAUUUAAUAUAAAUGCCACUGCGUCUAAAUCUGACAUUAUUGGUGUGAUUGGUAGAACUGGUGCUGGUAAGACAACCCUGUUGUCACUUUUAGUCAACUUUUCACACAUAAGAAAGGGUUCAGUUUUACUGGAUGGAGUUGAUGUUGAUCACUUACCAAGAGAUAUUAUGAGAUUAAUUGUUGGCGUUCUUCCUCAACUACCCUUUGUUUUCAAGGGUUGGACCAUCAGAAGGUUCCUGGACCCCAGGAAACUAUUCACUGAUGAACAGAUUAAUGAAGCAUUGAGUAAAUGUGGUCUCUUGGAUUUUGUAAACACCCUAUCCGAUUGUCCAUUGGAUCUUGUUAUUAUGCCUGACUACUAUCAUAAGGAUAUCCCAAAAUAUCUCAAGAAAGUAUAUUAUCCAAAUCUAUUCACCCAUAGAAAACCCUCGAGAAUAUUUAGAACCACCUUUAGGUUAUCAAAGAGAAUAAAUGAAACUAUGGACUUUGACAUGGUGCUGUCAAACACACAAAUGAGGACGCUCAUGUUUUCCAGAUUAAUGCUUUAUAGAAAAUUCUAUAGAAUGAUAGUAAUUGAUGAGCCGCCAUCUGAUAAUUGUUCCGAUGAACUAAUGACACCUAUUACAGGAGUGACCCCAAAAGUCUCAUUCUCUUUUGAACCCCAACAAGAAACUACUAAUCAAAUUGGAGUCCCAAUUUACAAACUCCUCAGCCUUUAUUUCAAACACUGUACAAGUUUCAUAGCCGCACAUGAUGUAAACGCACUCAAGUCUUGUACCAAAUUGUGGAUACUAAAUAACGGGAAACUAGUAAUGACAUGUGACAAGGAACAAAUGCUACAAGAUGAAUCCUUAUCCAAAAUGAUCCAAGAUUCUAUGGAGAAUUGA